AUGUUCUUAACCAGAAGUGAAUAUGACCGUGGGGUCAGUACGUUCUCUCCAGAAGGUCGUUUAUUCCAAGUGGAAUACUCUCUAGAAGCCAUUAAACUUGGUUCCACAGCUAUAGGUAUUGCCACUUCAGAAGGUGUAGUAUUGGGUGUUGAAAAAAGAGUCACCUCAUCAUUAUUAGAAUCAUCCUCAAUUGAGAAAAUUGUGGAAAUUGAUAAGCAUAUAGGUUGUGCCAUGUCUGGGUUAACUGCAGAUGCUAGAAGUAUGAUUGAUCAUGCUAGAGUGAGUUCCUUGAACCACAAUUUGUACUAUGAUGAAGACAUUGGUGUUGAAACAUUGACUCAAUCUGUUGCAGAUUUAGCUUUGAGAUUCGGUGAAGGUGCCUCUGGUGAAGAACGUUUAAUGUCAAGACCAUUUGGUGUUGCCUUAUUAAUCGCUGGUAUCGAUAAAGAAAAAGGUCCACAAUUAUAUCAUACAGAGCCAUCCGGUACAUUUUAUAGAUAUGAAGCAAAAGCUAUAGGUUCCGGUUCAGAAGGUGCUCAAGCAGAAUUACAAAAUGAAUAUCAUAGUUCUUUAACAUUAAAAGAAGCUGAACUUUUAAUUUUGAAAAUCCUAAAGCAAGUUAUGGAGGAAAAACUAGAUGAAAAUAAUGUUCAAUUAAGUUCUGUUACAGAAAGCGAAGGUUUCAAGAUUUAUGAGAAUAAUGUAACUGCUGAUAUCAUCAAGGUUCUAAAAGAACAAGAAACUGAUGAUCAACCUGAAGCUUAG